AUGACCCCGGGACAGGAUAGCUGGGCCCUCUGGUGUACCCGGCGGUGGUAUAGGGAAAGAGAGCGUGCAGGACAUGGUGGCGCUUAUCCUUAUGGGGCUGGCGACGGUUUUGCUGAUGUCUUAGCAGCCGAAGAACAAUCUCUAUUUAAAUACGGCAAGCUGAAUAUUAAUGCACGUACAAAGAUACCUUUCAUUGGGUGUAUCCACUUCAAGUUCGCAGAGGCUGCAAGCUUCGUCCGGGUCGUCGAAAUAGGUAUUCGCGCUGCGCUGGGGGACCUGGAUGUAAACAUCCGCAACUUGAACUUUUUGAAUGGGAAAGCUUCACGGAAGUUGCCGUUUGCGAUCUGUGUUUACGAUCUCAUCGGUUACAUGGGUACCCGUGGACUCCUAGGGUACAUCAUAGGCGCUGUUCGCCAUGCAGCAUACAACCAAUAUGAUUCUUAUCCCGGGGGCCUUGGCCAUGGCAUUAUCGAAUUCAUCCUCAGCCUUAACGGUCCUGAUGACUACGAGAAGAUGGACAGCCUUGUUCGUAAAAUUACGUGGGUAGAUAAGAAGUCGACCCCCAGCCCCGAGCUACAACGGAAGUACUCUGAAAUGGGAUUUUCUGACUGGGAUGUGUACGGGCGACCGGAUCAACAUCUUGAUUGGCAUACCCUGUUGCAUGGAAUUCAAGGCGCAAUAGCAUUGUCUGCUAUUCAGAGUGGCAAUUUGGAGCAUCUAGUCGAAAGUACUUCAUUUUUAGUUGAUUUCCUCAAAGAUGGCCUCUUCUGCGAGUGGGCCUAUUUCAUCGACUUCAAAAAUCAGAAACUCGAGACAUGGACAGAUGGACGGAAAUGGAGAGAGACAACUUUUCAGGUUAUCCUUGAAAGGCGGCACACUGCCAAUUACUGGGAUAAGGAUGACGAUGAUAAAGGCUCAGAAAACAAAUAG